AAUCAGUCUGCUCCCUGACCCUCGUCUUCUCUAGUUUCCCCCAUCAUCUUCUUUCCUUCUCUCCGCACCCGCCCAACCUAACAACCCACGUGGCUCAGGGAGCCGAAUCUGACGGCCGCUGCGCUCCUACUGUUCAGUAGCGCCCAGAGUUGUGGGCAUGCGCAGUAACACGGCGGCUUCUGGAGUUACCGCGCAUGCCCAGUAGUGCCGAAGGAAGAUUGGCCCUUUGGGGUGCCGCGCUGAUGGCUGUGCCGGUGAGUCUGCGGGAGCUGCUGCUGGCCGGGGGCGGCGGCGCGGAGGGGGGCGGCGGGACAGGCGCCCCCGCCCCUGGCGAGGAGGAGGUGUGCGUGGUGGGCAUCUUCGGCAAGACGGCCCUGCAGCUGAGCUCCGAGAAGGCGGCGCUGGUGAGCACGGUGUGCGACCGGCAGGUCUUCCCCCUCUUCCAGCGGGAGAGCGCGGGGCCGGGCGGGGCCGAGCCCAGGGAUGGCGGGGAGCCUGCGGCCGGAGAGGGGGAGCCCGCCGCCCAGGACUACAACCUGCUGCAGGCCUACUACAGCCAGGAGAGCAAGGUGCUGUACCUGGUGCUCACCUCCAUCUGCGACACCCCCCAGCUGCUGCAGGCCUGCAGGGGCCUCAGCGCCGGGGACGCCAGGGUGCCGGGGCUCGGCCACCCCCCUGGCGCCCCGCUACCCCAUGCCGAGGCCCAUGAGUUCUGGAAGCACCAGGAGAAGCUGCACUGCCUGAGUCUCCUCUACCUCUUCUCCGUCUGCCACAUCCUGCUGAUGGUGCACCCCACCUGCUCCUUCGACAUCACCUAUGACCGUGUCUUCAGGGCCCUGGAUGGGCUGAGGCAGAAGGUGCUGCCCUCCCUCAAGGCCGCCAUCAAGGACUGCCCUAUUGGCAAGGAGUGGAAGCUCAACUGCAGGCCGUGCCCGCCCCGCCUCCUCUUCCUCUUCCAGCUUAAUGGGGCCCUCAAGGUGGACCCUCCACCAGGCAGGGGGCAAGACCUCUGCGGCCAGCUGGAGAAGCCCCCACCCAAGAAGCAUUCACCCAAGAGGAGGUUGCAGCAUGCUCUGGAGGACCAGAUCUACCGCAUCUUCCGUAAGAGUCGGGUGCUGACCAACCAGAGUAUCAACUGCCUUUUCACUGUGCCUGCUAACCAGGCCUUUGUCUACAUUGUGGCUGGUGGGGCCCAGGAUGGAGAGGACCCAGUGGCCAUGCUGCUGGAGCAGCUCAGGAGCAACUGCACGAUGAAAGAGACAGAUUCCUUGCUGGCACCCACCUUGGCAGGGCCCAGGAGAUAUCAGAUGAUGAGACAUGGCAGGCAGCAGCUAUCCUUCCAUGUUGAGAGUAGCAGUAGCAGCUCCAGCUCCUCUGGGCAGUUGGUGGACUGCACCCUCAAGGAGUUCCUGUGGCAACAUGUGGAGCUGGUGCUAAGCAAGAAAGGCUUUGAUGAUAGUGUGGGGAGAAACCCUCAGCCCUCUCACUUUGAGCUUCCUACGUAUCAGAAGUGGGUUGCUGCAGCUCAGAAAUUGUAUGAAGUGGCUAUUGAGGGGAAAGAUGAUGACCCAGCUUCCCUCACUGGGGAACUGACCUCCAAAAUCAUGGGAAGCAUCAAAGUCUUGGAGGGGUACCUAGAUAUAGACACCAAGUUUUCUGAAAACCGUUGCCAAAAGGCUCUCCCCAUGGCCCACAGUGCCUACCAGUCCAACCUGCCCCACAAUUACACUAUGACAGUUCAUAAGAAUCAGCUGGCACAAGCCUUGCGUGUGUACAGCCAGCAUGCCCGGGGACCAGCCUUUCACAAGUAUGCCAUGCAACUUCAUGAAGACUGUUACAAGUUCUGGAGCAACGGGCAUCAGCUGUGUGAGGAGAGAAGUUUAACUGAUCAGCACUGCGUGCAUAAAUUUCACUUACUCCCAAAAUCAGGGGAAAAACCAGAGCCAGAUAGAAACCCUCCAGUGUUGUAUCACAACAGCCGGGCUCGCUCCACUGGUGCCUGUAACUGUGGAAGGAAGCAAGCACCCCGGGAUGAUCCCUUUGAUAUCAAAGCAGCCAAUUAUGACUUCUAUCAGCUGCUGGAAGAGAAAUGUUGUGGGAAACUGGACCACAUCAACUUCCCAAUAUUUCAGCCGAGUACACCUGAUCCAGCACCGGCCAAGGAUGAGACCUCACCUGCCCCUCCAGAAGGAGAAGCUGAGAAACUUAAAGAAAAAGAGCCUCAAACCCAGGGAGAGAGCACCAGCUUGAGCUUAGCCCUUAGUUUGGGUCAAUCAACGGAUAGCCUGGGCACCUACCCAGCUGAUCCUCAAGGUGGAGGAGACAAUGCAGAGGCUCAUGGGCAAGCGUCAGAGUCUAAAAGCGAGAAGAGGCCAAGCUUGGUAGAUCGCCAGGCAUCCACUGUUGAGUAUCUUCCUGGCAUGCUCCAUUCUAAUUGCCCUAAGGGCCUUCUUCCCAAAUUCUCUAGCUGGUCACUGGUCAAACUUGGUCCUGCUAAGGCUUAUAACUUCCACACAGGCUUAGACCAACAGGGCUUCAUCCCAGGAACAAACUACUUAAUGCCUUGGGACAUUGUCAUCAGGACAAGAGCCGAAGAUGAGGGAGAUCUAGACACUAAUUCCUGGCCUGCUCCUAAUAAAGCUGUUCCUGGGAAACGAAGUGCAGUUGUAAUGGGAAGAGGAAGAAGAAGAGAUGACAUAGCUCGAGCCUUUGUUGGAUUUGAAUAUGAAGACGCCCGUGGUCGGAGGUUCAUGUGUUCAGGGCCUGAGAAAGUCAUGAAGGUGAUGGGAGGUGGGCCAAAAGAAUCUGCUAUAAAAGCCCUUAAUUCUGAUAUGCCCUUAUACAUCCUCUCAUCAACUCAGGGACGAGGACUUAAACCGUAUUAUGCUCAGUUUAUAAGACUCUUUGUUGUGGUGCCAGAUGCUCCGCUGCAGAUAAUACUGACACCUCAGGUUCAGCCAGGGCCUCCGCCUUGCCCUGUAUUUUACCCUGAGAAACAGGAAAUAACCCUCCCACCUGAUGGACUGUGGGUGCUGCGAUUCCCUUAUGCUUAUGUGACAGAACGUGGACCCUGUUUUCCUCCUAAAGAAAACCAGCAGUUAAUGAGUUAUAAGGUUGUUCGAGGAAUACUAAAAGCCAUUACACAAUAAGAAUUAUUCUGGUACAUUAGUCCUGGUUUCAGGUGACUUGUUUUCUCAAUCCAAAUUAUGGAUUUUGAUUCCUGACUGUUGAUACUUAAACAGUAAUCACUGCUUGGUAUAGUGAAACCACUGCAUGUAAAGUGAAUAGGGUCCAAAUUCAGAAUAAAGAUCUGAGUAUCAAAGUGGAGAAAGGAACAUGGCAACUUUCUCUGUUUACCUAUUCAGUUUUCAUAUGUAGAAACCAACAACUUUUAAUUUAUCUUUAUAUGUAUGAGCCUGUCUCCCUACAUGUUUUGAUGAGUCAACUCCUUGUUCCUAAUUACAUAUUUAGGAACUUGUAUUAAAAUUACCCCUGCUUGGAAUCAAGCUGUUACUUGUCAGAUGGAGACAGCGAAAAGAGAACCUUUUUCUCUCUCUCUCUAACCUGCCUUUUUAAAUUAAAAAUAUGGACUCUUAGUGUGUUAGCAGAAACUUUGUAUUUGAGUUUUUAAAAUGUUAUUACAGACGUCUUUAGUCAUUUUUAGAUUUGUCUUCUCAAUUCCAUCAGAGCCAGGAACCCUGUUCAUUCAGGUCAGACACAUUUUUAAAAAAACAAUUUAAAAAUGUCUACAUUUGUGGAUCAGACAACCCAAUCUUGUUUUUGAAAAUUAUCUAUCCAGUGCCAUAGCUGUGCCCAUAAGAAAUCAGCUCCUAUCCCUGAGUCAAGGUUAGGUGUGCUUAAAAAAAAAAAAAAAAAAAAAAAAAAAAAAGACAAAAUAUUGACAACUAAAACCCAUUCUAAAACAAGUUUAAAAAUAGAACACAAACAAAAAAGCCCCACUAGCAUAUAACAAAAGGUUAGAAUGUCUCCCAGUUUGCUCUACUAUGGCAAUUAAAGCACAGAACUGGAAUUGAGAUAAGUGGGUUCUUUUCCCUUCUAAUUAUUUGCCUUGUAAAGUAAAUUACUCAAAUGUCUGCUUCAUUUUCUGAACUAUAAGAUGUGGAUAAUACCUCCCUUGCUUCUUGAUGGCUGCUAUGUGACUUAAUGCAUGAAAGUUUAGAAAGUGCUUUGAGAUCCUGGAACAGAAGACUUAAGGAGGAGUCAGAUUACUAAAUUGUUCAAACUUUUUCAUAUAGCAAUUGAAUAGAGAAAUAUCAGUGAGUGGAGAAGAAUUUGCAUACACAAACUGAAAUGAUGUUUAAAUUGUUACUGGAAGAAGAGGAAAAUUCUGCUGGAACCCAAAACAGCUGAUAACAAUUGAUGUUGUUUGUAAAAUGCCUAUACAAAUAUUAUGUGAAAGGCACUUAUGUACAAGAAUACAGUUGUAGAGUGAUUAGAGCAGCUGGCCCACUGGAAGGCUCUUCCACCUCAAAUAACUCAGAAGUGAAUGGCUUGGUUUUCAGAGAGUCAAUCUCAGUCAGAUUGUGUAUAUGCUGUCAUUGAUCAUAAAUUACUGAACUUUAAAGAAAAGUAAUCUUUUAUUAGAGGAAAAAUGUGGAGUGGAAAUAUCAAGGAUAAAAUGGUGCAGCUUA